AUGGGAGCCCCAGCACUCGCGGUCCUGGACUGCGAGGACGAUGUGGACGUGCCUGAGCUACAGUUCGAUCUCGGAGCGCCAGUGCAGGGGUUCGACUCGCUGAUUUACGACCGCAGCGACGCGGCAGGCGCCGUGUUGGACGUGCAGCCCACCGCGACGGUCCUGGCCGUCGCGGAACCGACCCCUGCGGCGUUGCUUCGCGGCGCAGACGGCGCUCAUCUGCAGGACACGCGCGUUGCGAGCGACGAAGAGGGGGGCGGGGCGGAGCGCGUGGCCGGGCAGGGGCAGGAGAGGGCCGCGGCGGCAGACGACUUCAUCGAGGUCGCUGCGGUCGACGGCGGCGACGAAGCGGGCUCCGGCGACGACGCGGCGCUGCGGGAAGCGACGCAGCCGAGGCAACUCACGAAGGCCUCGGGGAAGAUUCGAUCUCCGCUCGUGCGGCUGCACUCCGAGAUCGUGGAGCUCGCGCGCUUCCUCACGCCGCUCGACGACGAAGUGCGGUGCCGCGAGGAGGCCGUCGAGCGCGUCGCCGCGGCCGUGCAGAGCAUCUGGCCGACCUCCCGCUGCGAGGUUUUUGGCUCGUUCGCGGCGGGUCUCUUCCUCCCGACGUCCGACAUCGACCUGGUCGUGCUCGAAUCCGGGUGCGGGAACGUGCAGAGCGCCCUGCAGGCCCUCGCGAACCUGCUGUCGCGUCAGGGCCUCGCACGAGCCACCCAGGUGAUCGGGAGGGCGAAGGUGCCGAUCGUGAAGUUCACGGAGGUUCGAUCCGGGUUCAACUUCGACGUGUCGUUCGACGCCGCGAACGGGCCCGAGGCGGCCUCGAUCGUGCGCGGCGUCAUGACGCAGCUGCCCAUGAUGCGGCCGCUCACGCUGACGCUCAAGAUCUUCCUGCAGCAGCGCGAGCUGAACGAGGUGUACACGGGCGGCAUCGGCUCGUACGCGCUGCUAACGAUGGUCGCGUCCUUCCUGCUGACGCACCCCGACACGCGCGACCUCAUCAAGCAGGCGCACAGCCGCGCGCCGAAGAAGGAGUCCAAGAAGCGCUCCAGGUCGCGGGACCUCGGCCGCGCCGCCCCGGAGGACGCGCGCAGCGCUGCUCCACAGGCCCCGCAGAGCCAGGCGUGGGGGCUCUGCCUCGGCUCCGUCCUGUGCGACUUCUUCCUCUUCUACGGGCGCCUGCUGAACGUGCAGGAGGUCGGCGUGUCCGCGCGCAAGGGCGGCGCUUUCUUCUCCAAGCGGGCGCGCGGGUUCUUCUCCCACGACCGCCCGUACCUCAUCGCGGUGGAGGACCCGAACGACAAGGCGAACGACCUCGGGCGGAACAGCUUCAACUUCGGCCGCGUCCGCGCCGCCUUCGAGUGGGCCUACCAGUGCCUGACGUCGCCAGCGAAACCCACGGAGAGCCUCCUUGGGCGCAUCGUCCGGCUGGACCCGGUCAAGGACGAAGCGCUCAUCAUGCGCAAGAUCCACACCGACGCGCUGCGGGGCGUCCCGCCGCCGCGCCCCUCGCGCCCCAAGCGCGAACCCACGGCGGUGGAGGCGAUGGAUUUCGACGCAGUGUUCCGGGGUGUGCACGAGCGGUUCGGCGCGGGGGGCGGCGGCGAGGAGCGGGGCGGCGCGGGCGGGGAUUCGCCGCCGAGGAAGCGCCGGAGAGAGGAGAGGGCGGCGUUCGAGGGCCCGCAGGGAGAGAUGACGGUGGGUGUGGGUGCGCGGGGCAAGGAGAAGAAGGGCCGGCACGCGUCCAAGGGCAAGAAGACGUCGCGGGACGGGAAGGAGAAGCGCAGCAAGCGGAAGUGA